AUGGAUGAAGGAGCUGCGGUGUUGCUGGCAGGAGCUGUGGUGUUGCUGGCAGGAGCUGUGGUGUUGCUGGCAGGAGCUGUGGUGUUGCUGGCAGGAGCUGUGGUGUUGCUGGCAGGAGCUGUGGUGUUGCUGGCAGGAGCUGUGGUGCUGCUGGCAGGAGCUGUGGUGCUGCUGGCAGGAGCUGUGGUGCUGCUGGCAGGAGCUGAGUUGUUGUCGUCAGGAGCUGAGGUGUUGUCAUCAGGAGGUGAGGUGUUGUCGUCGGGAGCUGCGGUGUUGUCAUCGGGAGCUGCAUUGUUGUCAUCGGGAGGUGAGGUGUUGUCAUCGGGAGCUGCGGUGUUGUCAUCGGGAGGUGAGGUGUUGUCGUCAGGAGCUGCAGUGUUGUCAUCGGGAGCUGCUGUGUUGUCAUCGGGAGGUGAGGUGUUGUCGUCGGGAGCUGUGGUGUUGUCAUCGGGAGGUGAGGUGUUGUCGUCGGGAGCUGCGGUGUUGUCAUCGGGAGGUGAGGUGUUGUCGUCGGGAGCUGCGGUGUUGUCAUCGGGAGGUGAGGUGUUGUUGUCAGGAGCUGCAGUGUUGUCAUCGGGAGCUGCUGUGUUGUCAUCGGGAGGUGAGGUGUUGUCGUCGGGAGCUGCGGUGUUGUCAUCGGUUGGUGAGGUGUUGUCAUCGGGAGCCGCGGUGUUGCUGCCAAGUGCUGCUGUUCGGGUGACGCAGCGGGCGGACUUCACUGCCAGGGGCAGCUUGUAUCUGAGCAGGGCACGGGGAGGGCAGCGUGAGUGCAAAGAAGGGUUGUUGGUGAGGCGGGGGGUGAGGAAGCGGCACUGA